GCUGUUGCGUCCCAGCCUUGGGGCCGGUGGGAAGGGACGCGGUGCUGUCCGUGUGUCUGUGCUCCGUGACCCGUCUGCUCGCGCCCCCGACGCCCAUGGAGCUACAGGAGGACAUGGGUGCCCGGGGGCGUCCCUCGCGAGACCCCUCCAGCUCCAUGGAGAGGGAGGCCCUGGCUGAUGCUGCGGCCGCUGGGCACGUGGAGGAGGAGGAGCAGGAGGAAGGAGACUCUGACCCCGGCAGCUCCAGUGCAUCCCCGGCUGACCCCAGCCUGUCCCCAGGUGACCCCACAGAGGCUGAGCGGGACCUGGCAGAGCUGGGUGGUGUCAUCGUGCACCAAGUGACCCGCCUGGGCCUCAGGCCCUGCCGCUACCUGGAGCGUGGCCGCAGCUACGACCUCAGCCCCAGCCUGGCCCAGCGGCUGCUGGCAGGGGAGACGGCAGCGACAACGGCAGCCCCUGGCGAUGAGGCCGAGGCCAAGCCCCACGCCUGCCCGGAGUGUGGGCGAUGCUUCAGGCAGGCCUCGAACCUGGCCCGGCACCGCCGGGCACACGGUGGGGAGAGGCCCCACGCCUGUCCGGACUGUGGGCGCUGCUUUGGGCGCCGCUCCAAUCUGGCCCAGCACCAGCGUACGCACUCCGGGGCCCGGCCCUUUGCCUGCGGGGAGUGCGGGCGCCGCUUCGGCGAGAGCGCCUACCUGCUGCGGCACCAGCGCACCCACACCGGCGAGCGCCCUUACCUGUGCCGGGACUGCGGCAAGGCCUUCGCCCGCGCCGCCCACCUGCGCCGCCACGGCCGCGUACACUCAGGCGAGCGCCCUUACCCGUGCGGGGACUGUGGGCGCCGCUUCGGCCUCCGCCAGGACCUCACCGUGCACCAGCGCACCCACACCGGCGAGCGCCCUUACCAGUGCGGGGACUGCGGCAAGGCCUUCGCCCGCGCCGCCCACCUGGCCCAGCACCGGCGCGUGCACUCGGGCGAGCGCCCCUACAGCUGCCCCGACUGCGGGCGCCGCUUCGGGCACGGCUCCAACUUGCGGCAGCACCGGCGGGCCCACGCCGGGCACCGCCCCUUCCCCUGCGGGGACUGCGGCCGUGCCUUCGCCCUCAGCUCCAACCUGCUGCGGCACCAGCGCGUGCACUCGGGCGAGCGCCCCUUCCCCUGCCCCGACUGCGGGCGCCGCUUCGGGCUGCGCCAGGACUUGGCCGCGCACCGGCGCCUGCACACGGGCGAGCGCCCUUACCUGUGCGGGGACUGCGGCAAGGCCUUCGCCCGCGCUGCCCGCCUCGCCCAGCACCGGCGCUGCCACGACGCGGAGCGGGGGGAGGCGAAGGAUGCGGCACCCCAGGCCCCGGGGGUCGGGGAGGGGGGGCCCCAGGAGGCUGGGCCGGGGGAGGGCUAAGGGGGUCCCAGGCAAAAGGGGGGGGGCUCUUUGUGCCUCAGUUUACCCAACAGGGCUCAUCUCUGAGCUUGAGGGCCGGUGUGCUUCGUGCCUCAGUUUACCCAGCCGAGCAAUUAAAAGCUGCUGCCGGAGGAAAGAGAA